AUGCCAGAGGGGGCGGCGGAUAGACUCGGAGCCCCGUGGUCGGAAUUGGAAGUCAAGGCUGCGCUGGACGGUCUCCCGAAGGGGAAGUCGCCAGGGCAUGACGGGCUCCCGGCGGAGCUUUUCACGGCUCAUUGGGACCUGUUGGGGGGGCCAUUCAUGAAUUUCGUCAGGAAUUUCGAGGCGACGGGGGUGCUGCCAGAGUCACUGACGACGGCGGUAACGGUUUUACUGCACAAGAAAGGGGAGAAGGACCUGCUGACAAACUACAGGCCAAUCACUCUGCUCACAACAGUGUACAAGGUCCUGGCAAGGGUGCUCGCGAACAGGCUCAAACGCGAACUACAUCACAUCAUCUCAAGGGAGCAACACGGGUUCAUACCGGGGAGAAGCCUGGCAGACGCGGUGGCGGUGGUGGCGGAUGCGAUAGAAGCGGCAGACAAUGAUGGUGAAGACUGGUACCUCUUGCACGUUGACUUCCAGAAGGCCUACGACACAGUGUUGCGGCCUUUCCUUUUCGGGACGUUGGGGAAGCUCGGAUUGCCUGCGCGAUUUAUCAAAUGGGCAGAGGGCCUGCAUCAGGGGUCAGGGAUGAGGUUGGCGUUAAACGGCUGGGUUGGGGAAAAGGUAGAAAUGCAAAGGGGGGUAAGACAGGGGUGCCCCUUAGCACCCUACCUAUUUCUCUGUGCCCUGGAGCCGCUUUGUGCGGAGAUUAAAAGGCGCGGCCUGGGGGUCAAGGCGGACGGGGGUGACGCGGUGUCAUAUGUUGGCUACGCGGACGAUACCUCGUUGAUCCUGAAAGGCGCAGAUCAGCUCCACUCAGCUACAGCAGCGUUGGAUUGGUUCGGGAGACUGUCCGGCCUACGCAUCAAUCAAGACAAGUAUAUCGUCAUGCCGCUGGGUAGGAACAAAGGCAGAACGUCCCUACCAGGGGUCAGUUUCAAGUGGGCGGAGGAAGGGGUCCCCGAGCGCCUGCUUGGAAUAUGGGUGACGCCGGACGGAGACGCGACACCGUCCUGGGAAAAAGCAUGGGAGAGAGGGAGGAAGGAGCUGAUCAAAUGGGAGAAGCAACACCAGCUGACGGCAUCAAGAGUAACGGUUAUCAACAGCUACAUCAUGCCGAUACUGCUUUUCCAGGCGCAAAUAUACCCGCCGCCGGAAGAGCUUUGGGCGAAAAUCCGGAAAACCUACGACAAUUAUGUCUCGAAAGGGGAGGCAACAUCGGAGAAAAUCUUUGUGCUCUGGAGCGGGGAGCUGGCGCGGUUGCCGAAGGAGGACGGCGGCUUGGGGCUGAUCGAUCCGAAGGACCGGCUGGAUAGCAUGGCGAUACGGCAGGUGGGGAAAUUCUUGACAGAGAAGGAUGCCACCAAGAGAUGGCUGAUGGAGAAGGCCGCAGCGCUGCCACAAGGUGUUGCGACGCUCUUCGCCCACAAAUCUGCCAAAAAACACUGGGAGAAGGGGAGCCAGAGGUGGAAGGCGAUAGUGGAAAUUUUCUGGGAGUCCCCUUUUGCGGAUCUGCCGGAACCGACCAACAGCUGGGAAGCAGAACAUGAAGUACUUUGCUUCAACCGGCGCAUCAUGUUCCGGGGGGGUAGCCCUUUUGGGAACCAACAGGGCACAGCCGGAAUUGUGAAAACCACGAUGGGAAGCUUGCUCGCCACCAAGGAGGAUGGGAGCAGAGAGCUGAAGGACAUCAAGACACUGACCGCAGAGUUCGGAGCGUGGCCCGGUGAUCGGCGCGCUGCUGAGCUCACUGAGGAUGAUGGAUCCAAUGGACCAGACGAGAUCGCUUGGUGA